AUGGCGGAGACUAAAAUCAUCUACCACAUAGACGAGGAGGAGACCCCCUAUCUGGUGAAGCUGCCCGUCCCGCCGGAAAAAGUCACUCUGGCCGAUUUCAAAAAUGUCCUCAGCAACCGGCCCGUCCACAGCUACAAGUUCUUCUUCAAGUCCAUGGACCAGGAUUUCGGGGUGGUAAAGGAGGAGAUCUCGGAUGACAAUGCAAAGCUACCUUGCUUCAAUGGAAGAGUGGUGUCCUGGCUGGUCCUGGCUGAAAGCUCCCACUCUGACACAGGCUCCCAGUGCACCGAGAGCCACACUGACCUUCCGCCACCCAUUGAGAGAACAGGCGGCAUUGGAGACUCCCGGCCUCCAUCAUUCCACCCAAAUGCUGCCAGCAGCCGGGAUGGCCUGGACAACGAAACAGGAACAGAGUCAGUUAUUAGCCACCGGCGAGACAGACAUCGGCGGAGAAAUAGAGAAGGGCACGAGGAUGUCCCUCGGAUCAAUGGCCAUCCGAAACUGGACAGACACCGUGAGCACCCUCCUGGUUAUGACAGCUCUUCUACCAUGAUGAGUAGUGAGCUGGAAUCCAGCAGCUUCAUUGACUCUGAUGAUGAUGACAACACAAGCAGGUUGAGUAGCUCCACUGAGCAAAGUACUUCAUCCCGGCUCAUACGGAAGCAUAAACGCAGGAGGAGGAAACAAAGGAUGCGGCAGAUUGACAGGUCGUCUUCGUUCAGCAGCAUCACUGAUUCUACCAUGUCCCUAAAUAUCAUCACUGUCACACUCAACAUGGAAAAGUAUAACUUCCUGGGAAUCAGCAUUGUAGGACAGAGCAAUGACCGGGGUGAUGGUGGCAUAUACAUUGGCUCUAUUAUGAAAGGAGGGGCUGUGGCAGCAGAUGGCCGAAUUGAACCAGGAGACAUGCUUCUGCAGGUGAACGAUGUCAAUUUUGAGAACAUGAGCAAUGACGAUGCAGUACGAGUUUUACGGGAAAUAGUCUCCAAACCAGGACCUAUCAGCCUAACAGUAGCCAAAUGCUGGGACCCUACUCCCAGGAGUUACUUCACCAUCCCCAGGGCUGAACCAGUGAGGCCAAUUGACCCUGCAGCGUGGAUCUCUCAUACCACAGCCAUGACGGGAGCGUACCCCCGUUACGGUAUGAGCCCCUCCAUGAGCAUCACCACAUCUACCAGCUCCUCACUAACAAGCUCAAUUCCCGAUUCGGAAAAAUUAGAAGAAUCUCCCUUAACUGUGAAGAGUGACAUGGCUACUAUUGUCAAGGUUAUGCAGCUACCAGACUCAGGCCUUGAAAUCCGGGACAGGAUGUGGUUAAAAAUUACCAUCUCCAAUGCAGUGAUAGGAGCAGAUGUGGUUGACUGGCUUUACACACACGUGGAAGGCUUCAAAGACCGACGGGAGGCUAGAAAAUACGCCAGCAGCAUGUUAAAACAUGGCUACCUCAGGCACACUGUGAACAAAAUCACCUUCUCGGAACAGUGCUAUUAUGUCUUUGGAGACCUCUGUGGCAAUAUGGCUGCACUGAACCUUAACAAUGGUUCUAGCGGAGCCUCGGAUCAGGAUACCCUUGCUCCACUCCCACAUCCUGCUGCUCCCUGGCCAUUAGGCCAAGGAUACCCGUAUCAGUAUCCUCUGCCCCCUCCAUGUUUUCCACCAGCAUACCAAGACCCAGGCUUUAGCUAUGGUAGUGGCAGUGCAGGGAGCCAGCAAAGUGAAGGAAGCAAAAGCAGUGGCUCGAACCGAAGCAACAGCGAGAACAGCAGGAGAGCUCUGGGCAGAGAGAAGGACCGCAAGUCGGCUGGCAGCGGCAGCGAGUCUGACCACACUGCCCGCAGCGGCGGCGGCGCCAGUGUCGUCCGUCGGGAGAGGCCUGUCAGCCAGCUCAGCCACCGGAGUCACGUCUCUGCCACCCACAGCGAGAGAAGCCACCACAGCCAUCAUUCUUACGGGCCUCCAGGAGUCCCACCCCUCUACAAUCUCCCCAAGCUGGGCUCCAAAGUCUACGGGACGAGCGGACCCCCUGGAGGGCCCCCCGUGAGGGAACUGAGCUCUGUUCCUCCAGAGCUGACGGGGAGCCGGCAGUCCUUCCAGAAGGCGAUGGGCAACCCUUGUGAAUUCUUUGUCGACAUCAUGUGA